GCCGCCGGGGCUUCGGAACUUGUGGGCAGUGUUGGGGCGCCUUUAAUUUAUAACGUGUUAACGUGUUUCGUUUUGCACAGGAUGGGGAGGGACGCGCGGCGGUGCCAUCGGGAACUGGCGCUCCGGUGAAGUAGGAGCCGGCGCAGCCGCCGGCCGGCCGCCUGCUCCGAGCCUUUCCGUGCCGCGGCGGCUCAGUCUCUGCCAUGGCCGGAUCCGGCGCGUGGAAGCGCCUCAAAUCUCUGCUAAGGAAGGAUGAUGCGCCGCUGUUUUUAAAUGACACCAGCGCCUUUGACUUCUCGGACGAGGUGGGGGACGAGGGGCUUUCUCGGUUUAACAAACUUCGAGUUGUGGUGGCCGAUGAUGGUUCUGAAAUCCCAGAAAGGCCUAUUAACGGGGCGCACCCGGCCCUGCAGGCCGACGACGAUUCCUUACUGGACCAGGACUUAGCUUUGACCAACAGUCAGCUGAGUUUGAAGGUGGACCCCUGUGACAACUGCAGCAGACAGCGGGAGUUACUGAAGCAGAGAAAGGUGAAAACCAGAUUGACCAUUGCGGCCGUUCUUUACUUGCUUUUCAUGAUUGGAGAACUUGUAGAUUAUUUUGGCCCUUAUGUGGAGAUGGAUUGGAGGGUGCAAGAAUGGAAGCAAGUAAACUAUUGCAGAGGUCCAGAAAAGAAACAAUUAUGGCUUGGACUGGUGUGGAUGGAGAUUGAGAAAUAUUCUAGAGGUGGAUACAUUGCAAACAGCCUAGCAAUCAUGACAGAUGCGCUUCAUAUGUUAACUGACCUAAGCGCUAUCAUACUGACCCUGCUUGCUUUGUGGCUAUCUUCAAAAUCACCAACCAAAAGAUUCACCUUUGGAUUCCAUCGCUUAGAGGUUUUAUCAGCUAUGAUUAGUGUGCUGUUGGUGUAUAUACUUAUGGGAUUCCUCCUAUAUGAAGCUGUCCAAAGAACUAUCCAUAUGAAAUACGAAAUAAAUGGAGAUAUAAUGCUCAUCACUGCAGCAGUUGGAGUUGCUGUUAAUGUAAUAAUGGGGUUUCUGUUGAACCAGUCUGGUCACCACUCCCAUUCCCACUCCCUGCCUUCAAAUUCUCCUACCACAGGUUCUGGCUGUCGGCACAACCAUGGGCAGGACAGCCUGGCAGUGAGAGCUGCAUUUGUACAUGCCUUGGGGGACUUGGUGCAGAGUGUUGGUGUACUAAUAGCUGCAUACAUCAUAAGAUUCAAGCCAGAAUACAAGAUUGCUGAUCCCAUCUGUACAUAUGUAUUUUCAUUACUUGUGGCUUUUACAACAUUUCGCAUCAUAUGGGACACAAUAGUUAUAAUACUAGAAGGUGUACCAAGCCAUUUGAAUGUAGACUAUAUCAAAGAAGCCUUGAUGAAAAUAGAAGAUGUAUAUUCCGUGGAAGAUUUAAAUAUCUGGUCUCUUACUUCAGGAAAACCUACUGCCAUCGUACACAUACAGCUAAUUCCUGGAAGUUCAUCUAAAUGGGAGGAAGUACAGUCCAAAGCAAAGCAUGUAUUAUUGAACACAUUUGGCAUGUAUAAAUGCACUGUUCAGCUUCAGAGUUACAGGCAAGAAGUGGACAGAACUUGUGCACAUUGUCAGAGUUCCAGUCCUUAACUUGAUACGUUUUGGGGACUACUGCCUUAUUCAUCCUGCAGUCACAGAGCUGAGGGCAGUAAAUGCACACAUCUGCCUGAGGAAAUGGACUCCCUACCAGCUGUGUUCACAUCAAGCAGGGUCCCUCAGAACAGUCACUCCAGCCGGACAGCGCUAGUUUCUGUUUAAUGAUCUGUCAUGUGCAUCUUGCCAGACAGGACAUCCGACUUACAGCUCACCAAUCAGGGAUGUUUCUUGUGAUGUUGGUAGGAACCUGCAAAUUAGAAGAAAUUGUCGUGGGGGAGUUCCUCAGUAUGGACUUGUGUAUGUGCAUGCAGGUCAUCCUGUCAUUGAUUUCUCGCUUACAGAGGGUUCACGCUGUUCUUCUAAUCAUAUUGUGAGGACCAACGAACAUUUUCUGAUUUUUGGUAAGACUGAAAAACAUUUAUGGAGACUUUCCCAAUUAAAUCUAUGACAGUGUCAAAAUAAUGUAAUUAAGUAUAUCCUGAAGUAACUGCAACGCAAAAUUGAAAUGGCCAGUAGUAUGUCAGCUUUGCUCCUGGAAGAUACUGUGUAUUUGGAAAGCUUUUGCUUCUCUAAAAAAAAAAUGUUAUUAAGUAAGCCAUAUCCCCUUUAAGAAAUUGUAUAUACUUUUCCAUUUGCCCUUUCAGAAACCAGGUAUUUUGCAUAUGAUUGAUUUGAGGAAGAUUUUGAAGCUGGGGUUUGCCCAUGUAAUUUAAGAUCAAAGUAUAGUAUAUGUAUAUGUACCAUGUUUGCAAUUUUCAAAUUGUAAUUUCCUAUACAUUUAUUAAAGUAUUGUUUUGCUGUGUGGUUUAUUAAAAAAUGAAAAUAUACAACCCCC